AGGCGGGUAACCUUAGAAUGUGGUGACAGCGGAUAAAAACGGAACAUAAUAAGUUUACCAUUGCAUUUAUAAUGCAAAGUAGAAGGGAGACUUUCACUUGCUGAACGACAUGAGGUUGAUUAAAUCUGUGCAAGGCGCCUCAUAAAGCCACUUGGCAUACCCGAAACCGAAUGAAAUGAUAAGCAGCCGGAGUGCAACAGGGGAUCAUGGCUACUCCAGAGAGACUCAGCGGCCUGCUGAGAUUCAGAAACUCCUUGUGGAAUUCCGGACCCUUUACCACGAGCGCCUUCGACGCAUUGACCAAUCUGAUGACAGCCGGGAGGAGGCUCUGCAGAGCAAGGUGGGUGUGCUGCAGUCGUUUGUGCGGGACCUGAGUGAGCAGAAUGAGGUUCUGAUCCAGGCGCUGGAGGCCGAGGAGGCGGAGGGCCGGGCGGUGGAGGGGAGAACAGCCAGCCUACACAAAGAGCUGGAGCGGCGCCUAUCCUUGGCUCUGUGCCCGAUGCCAGUGGACCUCGCGGGAACCACGGCAACGUUCCUCCGGACCCCUGGAGAAAUGGAUGACCAUUACAGGGAUGCGCAGACACACCUGUCUACCCAGGAUGCUAUACUUCAGCAGCUCAAAGAGGCCUGUCUAUCUCAGCAGGAAGCCCAGGUUAAAGUGGAGGAGCGUGAAGCCCAGGUCCAGGAGCUACAGGACACCAUCACAGAGCUGCACCAGGAGAUGACCAGGAAGGACCAGGACAAGCUGACACAGCUGCAGGAGCUCCACCAGCUGGAGAGCAGGGUGAAGCAGCUCACUGACCAGGUCAGGAGCUCUGAGGAGACCAUUGGCCAGCUGAGACAGGAGGUGGCUGUCAGAGUGGGCAUCAGCAGUGCAACCCUGUGUGGGGGCGUGAGUACAGCAGGGAAAGUGGGUUAAAGCACAGUGUUCAUGCAUAUACUCUACUGUUAUACGUUCCACAGGACAUGAUCUACUACCUGACCUACGUUUUAUAUAGACUGUAAGGUCGAACAAUGCAUCAAUGAACAUAUAAUGAACGUGGAUCCACUCUGGGCUUUUCAAGUCUGAAAUUUUCAUCCAAAUGUCAUUUCUCUGUGCAAACAAAUACAUUACUAUGUGAUAGAAAAUGAUUGAAAUGUAAGCUCGUCCUAUAAAGUUCCAGUUAUAUUAUGUUAAAUUUCUCUAUUCUAAGACUCAUUACAUUUCAUCAGUCAUCCUGUUGUUAUUAACAUUCCUGUACAAGCCUACGCAUUCACACAUA